AUGACUCCAGUGCCUCAACCUAUUCUCCAAGCCCUCUCACUCCCCGAUCCAUCAAAGGUCCACCUCUCCGGCCUUGGUUCAGGCUUCACAAGCACAGGCGCAAUCCGCGCCCAAGUCCCAGGAAAAGAUGGACAAGAAGAAGAGCGCCAGUAUUUUGUGAAAACAUCAACGAACGGCAAAGCCGCUGAAGAAAUGUUCCAAGGGGAAUCCGAGUCUCUCAACGCAAUCGCAGGCUCAGUACCAGGAUUCUGUCCACGAGCCCUCGCCUGCGGACCAUUAGACAAAGACGGUGCGAAAUCAAAAGGCUACUUCCUUGUAACGGAGUUCCUUGAUCUCGGGGGCUCCAUGGGUCGCAGCAAAGGCGACGAAAGUACACCCACUACACUCGCCCACAGAUUAGGCAAGCUACAUACCACUCCCGCACCUGCAGACCCACAAACCGGCCGGCGCAGAUUUGGAUUCCCCGUGCCAACUUUCUGUGGUGAUACCAAGCAGCCGAACCGGUUCCAUGACAGCUGGGCCGACUUCUAUGCGAAUGAACGGCUUCUUACCAUCCUGGCUACGUCUGAAGAACGUAACGGGAAGGAUGAGAGUCUCCGCAACGCUGUUGAGAAAAUAGCUUAUGAAGUUGUUCCCCGACUUCUAGGAGAUGAUAAUCUGGGGUAUAAUUCCAAUGGUGAAGGAGAAGGUAUUGUGCCCGUUGUUAUUCAUGGGGAUUUGUGGAGUGGGAAUGCGGAUCGAGGUCGGAUUGUUGGCACUGGCCGGGAUGAGACGCUUGGUGAUGUUGUUUACGAUUCCUCGGCUUGCUAUGGACAUAGUGAGUUUGAACUUGGGAUUAUGCAUAUGUUUGGUGGGUUUGGGUCGCGGUUCUUCGAGCAGUAUCAUCGUAUUGUGCCGAAGACUGAGCCUGUUGCCGAGUAUGGGGAUCGGGUUGAUUUGUAUGAACUGUAA